CAUCGCGCGCUUGCACCUGGCACUUAGCACCUGCACAUGCGCCUGCAUUUGCUCUCGCCCCCCCCGGCCAUCCACCCCCCUAGCCGGAGUCAGGCCGGACUCAAGACCGGGGCAUCUCAUUUUUUUUUAUCUGGGUGCCCUCUUCUUUCCCGCAAGCCUACCUAGGCAGUGAUUAGACGAUCUCUCCAUCGACUUCGUCAGAAGGAUGCCGCCGACCGUCGAAGCCCUCGACCCGGCCAUGAUCCUGGACGAAUGGAUCAGCAGAACCCAGAACCUCCCUGAAGAGAUCCGCUUCCUACAAGACGAGGUCGCCGACAAGGACCGCCAGUACGCGAAGCUCGUCAAGGAGAUCGAAGAGCGCGAUGGCCGCAUCCAGAAGUGGAUCAAGGCCAACGGCAGCCACCAGAACAACCCGAAGGAGGACGAGUACAGGGCCCUCAUCCGCAAGAACUUCGCUCAGGCCGAGAAGCUAGCCAAUGAAAAGAUUGCUCUUAGCCAAAAGCUGCAGCACAACAUGGACAAACACGUCCGUCAGCUCGACGUGCAGAUCAAGAUGCUCUACGACCGCGCCGAGCCCGGCUUCUCCGAUCCCGACGAGCUGCCCUCGCUGGUGCGCACCAGCGCCGCAAACAUCACAAUCACGAACCCUGUCAUGCGUCCCAUCCGAAACACACAGUCUCAGCAACACACAUCGGCCUCAGCCCCUGCUACGCCCGCCGCCAGCAUGAUCAUGAACCGGCAGGCGCGCGAGAGCUCGGCCGGCCCCGGCAGUGGCGUUCCUAAACGCGGGCCCCGCUCCAACGGCGGCCUAGGCAACCUCCCGGCAACGUCGAGCGGGCUGGCGCGGCACUCGUCACUCGGUCCCGGGACGCCCAAGAGCCACCAGACAGCUGCCGGGGUACAGCGCGCGGGCAGCGCAGGCCCGCGCGCUACGUCAAAGGCAUCGGGGGGCGGCGCGGGUCGCAAGGCCGGGACGCCGUCUAGCACGGCGGGAGGCCGUAAGAAGGGCACGCCCGCGGGCGCCGUCGGUGCUGGGUCUAACAAGUCCGGCCUGUCGCGCGUCAAGCGGGCCGCCAAGAACAGCCCCUCCUCGGCGGCCGAGAGCGAGCUCUCAGACGCCGACUCGGGCAGCGCCGACGAGAGCGAUGCGCGCACCACGGGCGGCCGCGGUACGCCCGCGGCCGUGUCGCGGUCUGGAUCCAACGCCGCCGCCAACAGCAGCAACAGCAACAAGGAGGGCAGCCACGAGCGCGAGGCUAGCGGCGUCGGCGGCAGCGGUGGUGGGCCAGUAGGACCAGGCCCAGGAGCUAGUGUUGGAGGGGCAGUGCGCCCACGAAGCGGCAGUCACAACAUAAACAAGGACGGCGGAAACGGCAGCGGCGGUCCCACAGCCGGAGGCCCCGGCGGACCCAAUAGCGGUGUUGACGCCGGCGCCGGCGCGGAAGUCGACGACGACGACGACGAAGAGGACGAUGAGGACGACGCCAUGGACGUCGACGACGAUGACGCAGGCGACGACAAGAAAUAUUGCCUGUGCCAGAAUGUCAGCUUCGGCGACAUGGUCGCCUGCGACAACGACGACUGCCCCUACGAGUGGUUCCACUGGGGCUGUGUCGGCCUCAAGAGCGAGCCCAACGGCAAGUGGUUCUGUCCCGAGUGCGCCGAGACCAUGAAGAAGAAGGGCGGCCGCCCGGCAUCUUAAAACGCCCACCAAUAUACACUGAAAAAAGCGGAAGCGAUCGAUUCGCUAGUCGCAUAUUAGCGUGCGUUGCGUGUGAUGGAUUGACGGAUCUAUGGGGCCUAUGAUGAACUAGCACUAUAGAUGUGUCUAUACCCUACUAUAGUAUCAACCCUAGUGUAGUAUCACAGGGUAACUACCUAAAGUUAAACCAACACCCCAAAUAUCAUAGAGACGCUUGAGAUGCUUGCAGUCAUAGAUUCAUGUUGACAGCUAGUCUACUCCGUACCAGUUUUCCCAUAUUCGUAUCGCCACGACUCUAUUGCAGUUGAGCUACAUAUUGUAAUAAUGAUC